AUUAUUUCAAGAUGCUUUUUGAUAACAAUUUAAGAAAAACUCUUAUUAAUAAGGUUGUCGAUUAACUUCAUAACGCAUAAAUUGAGGCUGAAAAGGUAUAAAUAAUGAGAGAACUAUAUAGUUAGCAGAGUUUAAGAUCGAUUUAAAUUAAUUAAAUAAGAGAUUAAUAGAAUUUUCACAAGAAGUAAUUGAACUUUGGAGGAAAGGUUAUUCUCUAAGAGAUUAUGGUUUAUACAAGGAGAGAUUAUAAUAAUUAAUAGGGAUGCAUAAAAAUUCAAUAUUGAAAACAGCUGAUUUAUCAAGAUCAAGAAAUACGAUAAAGAAAUCAAGCAAACGUUCUAGUGAAAAUGAAUGUAGUAGUUAAACAAAAUUGAAAUAUCAUAAUGGACAAGAAUAAAAUUCAACUCCUUAAUAAAUAUAAAUAUUAAAAGAGGAUGAUUUUUCUGAUAUAUCAUUUGCAUCUUUGACAAGUAGCAAUUCAGAAACAAUCCAAGAGAUUAUUGAACAUUCAGAAAAAAAUGCUUAAGGAUUUUGUUAGGUUCAUAAUUGUAGAGAAUUAAAGAUCAUUCGUGAAAUAUUUAGAUAGAAAAUAGAUAUAAAUGAAUUAUAGUUAGCAUUGGAAGAGAUCACUUCAUUAAAGUCAUAAAUAAGAAUGAAAUUACAAAAGGAAAAUUAGAAAAUUUAAGAUAUGCAUGAACGACUUAUUGAGGGGUAAAAUAAAUUAAAAAGAAUGGAAGAAUAUGAAAAAGAAUAAUCAUAGAUGAUAAAUUUGAAAAAAAUUGCAUUAAAUUUGGAAUGA